AUGUCAUGUUUCCCUAUCUCUUAUUUUCUUCUAGGUGUUCCUUCCUUCCUUCCUUCCUUCCUUCCUUCCUUCCUUCCUUCCUUCCUUCCUUCCUUCCUUCCUUCUCGUUUUUCUCACUAUAUUUACAUCCUGCUUGUACUGUCUCCGUGGUCGCCGACAAGUCGCAUUUUAUUCCGUGCUCUGCGGAAUGAAAUUCAUAUUUCUUUCUUCAGAAACACAAUCCGACAGAAAUUACUUUUCCAUUUUCUUUCUUUCUUUCUUUCUUUCUUUCUUUCUUUCUUUCUUUCUUUCUUUCUUUCUAUUUCCAUUCUAAAGUUCAUAUGUCAUAAACUUCUUUCUUUCUUUCUUUCUUUCUUUCUUUCUUUCUUUCUUUCUUUCUUUCUUUCUUUCUUUCUUUUUUUCUAUAAUAAUAAUCAUUGUGGCACCCAAAAGUCUUUAAAUGCCAUUCUAAAGUUCAUAUGUCAUAAACUUCUUUCUUUCUUUCUUUCUUUCUUUCUUUCUUUCUUUUUUCUUUCUUUAUAUAAUAAUAAUCAUUGUACCUAA